UCUGCAGAACAUUCUUCAUCUCCAUUCUCUCUCUCUCUCUCUCUCUCUCUAACCCAAACACCAAACAACAUUAUUAUUAUUACUUUUUUUUUCAUAUUUGAAUUUGCAAAUUCCUAACCCUAACGUUCCACCAUCACUCUUUCUGAUCUCAAUCAAUCUCUAAAUCAUCGAAUUGGGUUUGGUUGGUCCAAUCCAACAUCACCAUGGCUAGAAUUUCACAACUGGAAAGGGUUUUUGUUUUUCCUUAAUCAUCAUCAUCAUCAUCAUCAUCAUCAUCGCCACCAUCUUCAUAUCAGGUUUCGUUGUUGUUCAGAUUCCGAAAAAGUGUUUCGUGUGUGUUCGUUCUGUUUGAUGAAUUAUGUUCAAAAAGGUAUUCGGUAAAAUCCCUAAAAAGUCCUCAAAAGGUUCUGAGAAUCGUGACCAAGGUGGAAACUCUAGAAGCCAUGGUGUUGUAGCAUCUAAAAACAGUGAUAAUGUUACCCUACCAGGGAGUAGCAAAACCGGUAAUGUUUCUUCUUCUUCUUCCUCCUCUUUGAAUGUAGGACAAGGACAGUAUCAUAAUAAUCAUGGUAAUAAAUCUUCCUUACCUCUAAAUGAGAAUUCCAAUGGUAAUUUCAAUUCUUAUGAAGCGUUGCCAGCGUUUAGGGAUGUUCACAAUUCUGAGAAACCGAGUUUGUUUAUAAAAAAACUUAGGAUGUGUAGUGUUGUUUUUGACUUCACUGACCCUACUAAACACCUCAAAGAGAAAGAGGUUAAGAGACAGACUUUGGUGGAGCUUGUUGAUUAUGUGUCUUCUGUUAAUGCUAAAUUCAGUGAGACUGUUAUGCAAGAGGUUGUGAAGACGGUGUCUGUAAAUAUAUUCAGAACGCUUAGUCCUCAGCCGCGGGAGAACAAACUCAUUGAUGGCGUUGAGUUGGAGGAGGAGGAGCCUUCGAUGGAUCCUUCUUGGCCUCAUUUGCAAAUUGUGUAUGAGCUUUUUCUUAGGUUUGUUGCAUCGCCUGAGCUGGAUGCGAAGUUGGCUAAGAGAUUUAUUGAUCAGUCUUUCAUUUUGAGGCUGCUUGAUUUGUUUGACUCGGAAGAUCCUAGAGAGAGGGAAUACUUGAAAAUGUCCUUGCAUCGUAUCUAUGGCAAGUUAAUGGCGCAUCGUCCUUUCAUUAGGAAAUCGAUCAAUAACACCUUUUUGAAUUUUGUUUUUGAGACUGAGAAGCAUAAUGGCAUUGCUGAGUUCUUGGAAAUUCUAGGGAGCAUCAUUAAUGGUUUUGCGUUGCCUUUGAAAGAAGAGCAUAAAUUGUUUCUGGUUCGGAUAUUGAUUCCGUUGCACAAACCAAAGUGCUUAGCAAUGUAUCAUCAGCAGUUAUCUUAUUGUGUUACUCAAUUUGUGGAGAAAGAUUGCAAGCUUGCGGAUACAAUCAUUAGGGGCUUAUUGAAGUAUUGGCCAAUAACAAAUAGCUCAAAGGAAGUCAUGUUCCUAGGUGAGUUGGAAGAAGUCUUGGAAGCAACACAACCUCCGGAGUUCCAGCGAUGUAUGGUGCUGUUGUUUCGCCGUGUUGCUCAUUGUUUGAAUAGCCCCCAUUUUCAGGUGGCGGAAAGAGCUCUAUUCUUGUGGAAUAAUGACCAUAUUGUGAACUUAAUCAAACAAAACUGCAAAGUGAUACUUCCCAUCAUCUUUCCUGCAUUGGAGAAAAAUACUAAAACUCAUUGGAAUCAAGCUGUCCAUAGUUUGACUUUAAAUGUUAAGAAGAUUUUUCAGGAUCUGGAUCCCGAUCUGUAUAAAGAAUGCUUACAAAAGUUUGAGCAAGACUUGUCGAAGGAAGGUGAAGUGACAGCAGGACGCGAAGCUACGUGGAAACGUUUGGAGGAGGUUGCCGCAAAGAAGGCUGCAGGUAACGAAGCCGUGCUUAUUAGUAAAACGCUCCCUCGCAAAUCUGCCAGUUAGAUAGGAACGGAACAUGUAUUCUGUUAUAUAGCUUCAUUUUUUAAGAAAGAAUUUUAUUUAUAGUAUUUUUUUGGCACUUUGAUGGGCUGGCCAAGAAAGUCAAUUUCUGGAAUACUUUGAUAUUCACUUCCUUUAGGAAUUGAAGGCUAUUGAUUAUUAGUAGUAGCAGUGGAUAAUGUGAUAUUCACGACAACGUCCAUAUAUAGCUUAUGCUUUUGUAGCCUGAGUUGACACUCAGCACAUUUGAGAACUUUUGUUUUUAAUGCAUUUUCAAUGAACA